CUGUGUUUACAGCUGGACUAAUUGAGAAUAGCAUCUCAGUGUGGGUCUUCUGCCAUCGCAUGAAAACCAUGACCAUAAGCAGUAUCUAUAUGCUAAAUCUUGCUGUAGCAGAUCUCUGCCUCAUUCUGACACUGCCAUUGCGCAUUACCUAUCACAUGCUUCAAAGCCACUGGCCGUUUGGGGAGGUUGCCUGCCGAAUCACUGGUUUCCUUUUCCAUCUGGACUUGUACAGUAGUGUCUACUUUCUUACCUGCAUCAGUAUUGAUCGUUACCUGGCAAUAGUACACCCGGUUAGAUCUAUUAAUUUUCGAAAAAUUCGCUAUGCAAAAAUAAUCAGUGCAACUGUGUGGGUAACUGCUAUACUUGGAACUAUUCAGCUUGCUGUAACCACUCAGAAUGUUGAAGCACAAGAGAACACAACUGUGUGCCUACAACUGUACAGAGAAAAGCCAUCACUCUAUGCUUCUGGUGCUAUUGUUGUUGGAUUUCUUUUUCCAUUUUUAGUCAUUACUUGUUGCUACCUAUGCAUAAUCAGACAUCUCCAGUCAUACAGGCGCCUUAAAUACAAGCGCAAAGCUUCCAGGAUGAUUUUCACAGUAUUAACUGUGUUUCUGGUUUGCUUCUUACCCUAUCAUGUUGUCCGUUUACUGUAUAUUAUUGAUCAUCAACCGUGCUUUUUUUGUCUGGCUAGUGUCAACUGUUGCUUAGAUCCAGUGGUUUACUUCUUUGUUGGAGAGAAUUUUAAGGAGUCCCUUUGCAGAGAAACUACAACGGAAUAUAAUGGCCAAGAAAUUCACCCCAGCGUUAACACUACUAGAAUAAAUAGCACAGAAAGUAGUCUUUGACUACGAGUAAAGACACCAAAAUUACUUCUAAGUAUUAUUGAUUUUUUGUGACCCCACCAAAACUAAAGCAUUGAUUUGAACUACUGCAACCUGUCAAAAAUAAAACUGCUGAACAAUGCAUGUGUGGAGGUACAA